UCUCUCAACAUGGCUGCAGAGGAGCUGGAUAAAAUCAAUGUCAUCACAAAGUUGUCAAACCAAGCCCUACAGGAGUAUGAGGGCCUGCAGAGGAAGCACGAGACAGCAGCCAUGGAGUGCAAGAAGCUAGAGGAGGAGAGAGAUGAGGCCAUCAAGAAGCUCAAUGAGUUCCAGCAAGUUUCUCAGAUGGUCAUUGAAGAGGUCAAUGUUAUUCAGCAGAACCUGGAGCUCGAGAGGACAUGUAGAGAAAGUGCUGAAGCCCUGGCCUCCAAGUUGAACCGUCAGAACCGUUCUCUGAAGAGGAAGAGCAUGAUGCUGCUGCCCUACCUCAGCCCAGAGACCGUCACUGAGAUCAACCUUGAUGAUGAAGAGGAGGAGGAGAGUGAAGAGCUACAUGCAACCAGUAAGGUCUGCCUCUCUCCCCAGUGCCAGACCACCAUCUCAGAGCUACAAUGUAAGAUGGAGAAACAUCAAGCAGAAAUUGAACUUGAGGCAGUGAGAGAACAACUGAGGGAAACCAGAGAGGACCUGCUUAAAGAGAAACACAAUAACACUGUUUUAAUGGCUGAGACAGCGCAUCAAAAACAACUCCUGGGCAAAUAUAACAGAGUGUCUACGUUUGCUGUGGAGGAGUACGAGGCCUUACAGGACACCUUGAAGCUGGAGAGGGACCUGAGGACAGAGGCAGAGGGCUUUGCCAGAACGAUGGUGGUUGAGCAAAUUAAGCUGAAGAGACAGAGUCAGAUCCUGAUGCAGAGCUCCUCGCCCAGUCAAGCUCUACAGGAGGCCCUCAGCCAGGUCACCAGACUGACCCAGGAUCUGGAGACACAGAGGCUGGAGCACCAGAACCAGAUGAAGCAGAUGGAGGACAGGCUGCAGAGCUGUGAGGCUCAGAGGGAGCUGAUGGCAUUGAGGCGUAAACUGGAGCUUGUGGAAGAGGAGAAGAGGGAGUACAGCGACAAUUGCUCCAAGGCUGAACUGCAGGUCAAGGAUCUGCGGUUUACAGUUGAGGAGCUCCAGAAGAAGCUGCAGGCAGUUACCAACCCGCCCCCAGCUCUAGCGCCUCCUCCUCCCCCACCACCUCCACCUCCUCCAGCCCCAGCUCCGGCCUCCAACCCACUCAGUUCUCUGUUGUCAUUGAUCCGAAAGAGAAGAGACAUCAGUACUGACAUCCCACUGGUGGUCCAGGAUUCAGCCAAGACUCCAGCAGAUAUCAGGCAGCAGGCAGUGGAGGAGAUGAUGCAUCGGAUCAAGAAAGGCGUUCAGCUUCGACCCGUCAACCAGUCACCUAACAGAGCCAGGAGAAGGAUGGAGAGGCUGCCCUCUAAUUCUGCCAUUCAGGAACUCAAAGGAAUCAUGGAGAACUUCAGUAGAACCUCCCCCCAACCAAAGGCAGUUUCUCCUUCAACAAAGCGCGAUGAGCAGCUGCAGAGGAUCCUGCUGAGACGACGGGAUGCACUGGAGCCCCAACACAACGCCGGUCUCCCUCCCAUCCUCUCCUCUACUGGGUGAAGGGUGCCACCGGGCCGAGGUUGGCCCUGACAUCAGGAUCCUACCACAAACUGUGGACUGCAUGUGGGUGACGGAAGAUCACAUGACACAUGAGUCAUUGUCUAGCAUUUCAUUUUACACAAUGCAUUUAAAAUAAUCAUUCCAGACUGUAUUGUGAGGAGUCAGUGAUGCUGUCAGAUGCGUCCCAAAUGGAUUUCCCCAUCAGAAAAGAAAUCGGAGCAGUAAUGGUGGAUGAGAAUAAAGACAGAGGUUAUGUAACACCUG